CUCGGGAGUUCUGGGUUCCCGCCCCGGGAGUUCUGGGUUCCCGCCCACUGCUGGUCACGUGAGUCGCCAAAAUGGCGGCGCUCGGGCGUGAGGCUGGGGCUGACCUGAGGGUUGCAGGUGUGGUGCCGGUGGGAGCUGGGGAAGAGCCCAAGGACAUCAAGAUGCCAACAUACACACAUGGUCAGUCCAGUCCUUCUCUAGGAGAUGCAAAGCUCAGAAAACCAAUGAUCAUCGAAAUCAUAGAAAAAAAGUUUGAAUAUCUUAGAAAAGAAAAGUCUUUAAAUAUAUAUGGAACAGUGGUCUUUGGAACAACAGCUGGUUUCUCUGGAAUAGUGGCAAACAUAAUUUUCAGACAUUGCUUCAAGGUUAAACAUGAUGCUUUGAAGACAUAUGCAUCAUUGGCUACACUUCCAUUUUUGUCUACCAUAGUUGCUUAUAAGCUUCUUGUAACAGAUUCUUUGUAUUCAGGUAAGAUCAGCCAGGAAAAUUGUGUCCUGAGAAGUUCGCUGAUUGGCAUAGUGUGUGGUGUUUUAUAUCCCACUGCUUUGGCUUUUUCUAAAAAUGGACGUCUGGCAGUCAAGUAUCAUACUGUUCCACUGCCACCAAAAGGAAGGGUUUUACUUUAUUGGCUGCUGCUAUGUCAAACAGAGAUAAAAGCAAUGGUGCUUCCUCUUGUCCUUCAGACAGCCUGUGGAAUAUAUCACGGUCUACAGCAUUAUGCAAUGUUUGAAAGUACUCUUGAGAAAAGUAUAUAUGAAGAUUAACCAAAAAAUGAAUGGAUACUAAAUCAGCAGAAUGGAUUUUUCUAUGAUGAGGACUCAGGCAUUGCUGCAUGAAUUAAAAGUAAUUCUGGACAGACAGUUCAACUAUUUCUUUUCCUUUUGCCUGGUAUAUAGCAGGUGCUCAAUAAAUUUCAGUAAAUAAAUAAAUGCAAGUUUCAUCUCUGUUUCCUCAUUUAUGUGGAAAUGAGUUUGAGGCCUCAAGAUCUGAUCAAUAUAUACAUUUAUAUAUUCAUUCAUUCACAGACAUUUAUUGAGCACUUGCUAGGUCUCAAGACAUUGUGUUACAUGUAAUAAGAAAUGGUCCUUACCCAGAAGGAAUGCACAGUUAGAAAUGUGAGCACAUAUGAGAGGAUUUGAGAGGUACACACAUAAUUCUGUGAGCAAACUGAGGAUGUGGCUGUUAACUACUUGUGCAGAGGGGAAAGCUAUGGGGAAAAAAUAUGUUCCUAAAUUUUGAAAGGGAAGUUGAAAGUUCAUAAGAAAAUCAAAAUAAAGAAAUAAACUAACAGCCCAUUCCUCUACUCUAAUUCAGUAUACUUACUAGCUCUUACCAUUAACAGAUUAGCUUCACUCUUCUGUUUAAAGAAUAUUUAUUGAGUGCCUAUUUGCUAUGCAUUAAUAUAGGCACCAGGGAAACAAAGGUUCAGUCCCUGUCCACAGGAAGCUUAAAAUCUAAAGAAACAGAUCACAGUAUGCUUCUCUAAGUCUGCUACACCAUUCCAAGCUACACAUUUAGUUAGGGAAUCUUACUUCAGGAAACACAGUCUGAUGAAAAGGGUAAGACACAGAAUGGAACCCCAUAGCUCAUUCUCCUUGUCUUAAACCAUAUUUAUCUUGCGAUUAAAGUUUGGUCAUCUGAGGCCCCAAGCAACCCAAAGCAGAAGUAGAAAUUUAGAAACAUAGCAAAGAAAAUUCACAAGAUAUCUUUCAUUUGAGUAAAUACAUACCCAAUUAUUCAGCUAAUAUUGAUUCAAGACCUAGUGCAUGAGACAUUAUAUACUACAUAUGGGGCAAUUUACCUUACCUUUCUGACUUUAUUUCCUCUUAAAACAUACUAAUAACUGCUUUGGAGUCAUAUUAUAAAGAUGGAAACAUAACCAACCCAUACCUGGUGUAUAGGAGGUGCUAAUAAAUGUGCUUUUUUGUUUGUUUUCCCUGAUGUUCUCCCUGAGUCACAGAACAAUGACUAAGAUUGGUCCCUACUGUAAGAACUUACCUGCUCUCUUGGCUUUUCAACUCCAUUUCCUCCAACUCCCUUAACCAUGUGGUUAUCCCCCUGCUUUUGUAUUUAUUGCAUCACAUUGUAUCGUUUACUAUGUAUUGUAUUAUAUUGAUUUUCUUCCUGUUUUUGCACGAUUACAUUGUCUUCUGUAAAGUAUUCAGUAUUUGAAUUUCUAAGUUUAAGCAGCAAUCUAAUAAUGAAUAAAUGGUAUUCUACAGAUGUG